AUGUGUUUCAAACCAUGCACGCGCAAUGGUUCUCCUUCAGUUCCUAACAUUCCCUCUACGAAGGUUCUGAACCCACUGUUAAGGAUGUCAUGCAAUGAGGAUCCGAAUGAAUCAGUGAAAUUUGCUGUGAAGAAUUAUCUUCUGAAAGAACCGCUCGGUGUGGGAGGUUUUGAAGCUUUCUACUUGCAUUCCUCUUUCCUCUACCCACCUGUUGCUGAUUAA